AUGAGUGUCAAAACCAUGAUUUCAGUGUUGCACCAAAAGUAUAGUUUUGAAGCACACAACUUGCAGUGCUGUAGAGCUAUUACUAUAGCAAGAGGAGAGACUGCUGCCUGCUAUGACUUGUCUUAUGCAAAAUUGCCCAAAUAUGGUCAUCUUCUAAGAAGACAUAACCCUAGUACUAUGUUCAAGCUGGUACCAUAUGAGAGACAUGACUUCACUAAGAAUCCACAAUUCAAGAGAUUAUUUGUUUGUCUUCAAGCUUGCAAGAAUUGGUUUUUGGAUAGAUGUAGACCCUUUAUAGGUCUAGAUGAAUGUCAUUUGAAGGGGAGGUAUGGAGGUGUGCUAUUGUCUGCAAUCUCAGUUGAUGGGAACAAUGGAAUAUAUCCAGUGGCCUUUGGUAUUGUUGAAGUAGAGAACAAGGAUAGCUGGGUAUUUUUCUUCCACUGUUUGGAAUCAACUUUGAGGUUGGAUUACUUGGACAUAGGUCUUACCUUUAUGUCUGACAAACAGAAGGGUCAUGCAGAUGUUAUAGCUGGCAUAGUCCUAGGAGCACAUCACAGAAACUGCUGCAGACAUCUGUAUAGUAAUUUCAAAGCAUCAUUCCCUGGACUGUUGUUGAAGACCCAAUUCUGGAUUGCAUGCAAAGAACCUAAUGAGUUCAUCUACAACAAGGCAAUAGAAAGAAUUAAGGAGGUCAAUAAGGAAGCUUAUGAUUGGUUGGUGAAAAAUAACCAACCCUCAAUGUGGUGUAGGCAUGCAUUCGAUAAAAGAGCCAAGAGUGAUCAUGUAACGAACAACAUGACCGAGUCUUUCAACAACUGGAAUGGAGAAUUGAGGAGUAAGCCUAUCUUAAUUUAA